AUGACAGGAAGCACCGUGGACGACGAGAAGAAGGCGCGCCAUCGAGCCGCCUGCAAAAAGUACGUAGCGGCCAACAAGGAAAAAUUGCGGAUGAAGGACAAAAUGCGCUACGCCUCCCGCAAGGCAAGAAUGCUGGCCACGAAGAAGCAGGCAUACCGCCAGAAGCACAAGGAAGCCCUCCAGGCCAAGAACAAGGCGUGGAGCGUGGCGAAUCGGGAGUUCAAGUCCGCGUACAAACGUGCUCGUCGGGCGCGAAAGAAGGCGAUUGCUGCCGGUAAGGUCCCACUGCCGCUGCCCAAGGCAGCCGACUUUCGCGCGGCGCAAGCAACCUCGAACCAAGUCGUCUCUGCAAUGUCAACAGCGCCGGCCUAUUUCGCCGCCGAGCUGCUUGACAAAGACGACCAGCUCGACGACGUCCCGCACCCGUUGGCUGCGACGACGAAGAAGGUUGUCAUGAUUUCAUUUACGAACGAACAUCCCUCAGCCUGCGCAAGCGUGGGCCAGAGCCGGUCUGCGACGAGUGCACCCUGUUUUAUCCCAACGCACCCGCCACGGUGCUGA